AAAUCACAAUGUAUGAUUUUUUUUUUUACAAUUUAUUUGUGUGAUACAGCUGCAAAUAAGUAUUUGAACACCUGAGAAAAGCAAUGUUCAUAUUUGGCACAGUAGCCUUUGUUUGCAAUUACAGAGGUCAGACGUUUCCUGGAGUCGUUCACCAGGUUUGCACACACUGCAGGAGGGAUUUUGGCCCACUCCUCCACACAGAUCUUCUCUAGAUCAGACAGGUUUUUGGGCUGUCGCUGAGAAACAGAAUUUCAGCUCUCUCCAAAGAUCUUCUAUUGGGUUUAGGUCCAGAGACUGGCUAGGCCGCGCCAGAACCUUGAUAAGCUUCUUACGGAGCCACUCCUUGCUUUUCCUGGCUGUGUGCUUCGGGUCAUUCUCAUGUUGAAAGACCCAGCCACGACCCAUCUUCAAUGCUCUGACUGAGGGAAAGAGGUUGUUCCCCAAAAUGUCACAAUACAUGGCCGCAGUCAUCCUCUCCUGAAUACAGUGCAGUCGUCCUGUCCCAUGUGCAGAAAAACACCCCCGAAGCAUGAUGCUACCACCCCCAUGCUUCACAGGAGCGAUGGUGUUCUUGGGAUGCAACUCAUCAUUCGUCUUCCUCCAAACAUGAAUUAUGACCAAAAAGUUCUAUUUUGGUCUCAUCUGGCCACAAAACCUUCUCCCAUGGCUCCUCUGUAUCAUCCAAAUGGUCAUUGGCAAACUUAGUACGGGCCUUGACAUGCGCUGGUUUAAGGAGGGGAACCUUCCGUGCCAUGCAUGACGUCUUCGUGUAUUACCAACAGUCACCUUGGAAACGGUGGUCCCAGCUCUUUUCAGGUCAUUGACCAAGUCCUGUCGUGUCGUCCUGGGCUGAUUCCUCACCUUUCCAGGAAUAAUUGAGACCCCACGAGGUGACAUCUUGCACGGGGCUCCAUUCCGAUUGAGAUUGACCAUCAUGUUUAGCUUCUUCCAUUUUCUAAUGAUUGCUCCAACAGUGGACCUUUUUUCUCCGUCGCCCUUACCAGCCGUGUGGAGUUGUACAAUUUUGUCUCUGGUGUCUCUGGACAGCUCUUUGGUCUUGGCCAUGAUACAAGUUUGACUGAUUGUACGGGGUGGACAGUUGUCUUUAUGCAGCUAAAGACCUCACAUAGGUGCAUCUGAUUCAGGAUAAUACACGGAGUGGAGGUCGACUUUUAAAGGCGGACUUACAGUACUUUGACAAUCUAGCUGAUCGACAGGUGUUCAAAUACUUAUUUACACCUGUAUCACACAAAUAAAUUGUUAAAAAAAAUCAUACAUUGUGAUUUCUGGAUUUUUCUUUUUAGAUGAUCUCUCUCACAGCGGACAUGCACCUACCAUGAAAAUUUCAGACGCCUUCAUGAUUUCCAAGUGGGAGAACUUGCAAUAUAGCAGGGUGUUCAAAUACUUAUUUUCUUCACUGUAACUAUAUCCCAAUUUUCUGUAAAGGAUUUAGUCAUUUUGCGCAGUGUUAUAAUGUUAACAUAAAAACAUAUACACAACAUGGAAAUGAUAUGCUACCUCAUACAUCUAUCGAAUCAAAUAUUAAACCAACAAAAAUAGGAUUAUUGAAAAAAAUAUGAUUACAUGAAAGUAAAACAAAAAUGCAAAAGGCAACACUUCCCAAAUACAUUUGGCCGUGCAAAAUAAAUGUAAAGAUAGUAAAGUUCAAGUGAUUGAAUGUUUAUUAUUGCCUAAUGGAUUGUCUGUAAAUUCAACACAAUGGGUGAAUAUGAUUAGGCUCCUGCGCUCCGGCGAUCCUUGUGGGGAUAAGUUGCUGGGAAAAUGGAGAUGUGAUGAUGCUUUCAAUACGUAGUAAGAGUACAUAGUGAAAAAGUGUGUGUGAGCCAGUUGCUGCUGGAAAGUCUUGCUGGGUUUCGUUGGAAUUGAUUACCCGUUGCCUUUGAGUGCCAAAAAGUUGGGCAAGCGUGCAAUUAGUCACGCACGCCAGCGAUUGUCGGUGAUGAAGAGGCGUGUGCGUGGUGUAUGUUUUCAUUGAGAAUGACGAUUCCAAUUCCCACUGAGUGGAACGCCGGUGGUGGGCGUGGCAAAGGCAUUUAUAGCCGGAGUAACUCGGGCCGAGCUGUCGACUGUCUCAACUAACUUCAAGGUUUCAAGCAUGCAGCGAGCCGACUUGGAAAUUGGGGAAAACCUGGAGCGCCACCGGACGGAGGGCUUCGGCCACGCCAAAGCGCUGGUGGUCCGACGAGGGGCGCCGUUCAGGGUCAGCCUGCCCAUGAAGGCCCGCCCUUUUGACGCCCGCACCGACACGCUCAGGGUCAAAGUCAUGCUCGGCCCCCUUUACGUGACUAUGCCCGUGACUUCUUUCUCCCCAAACAAUGUUUCCUCUCGCUGGGGGGCCUUCAUGGACCCCGAGGCCCUGGACCCAAACAAGCCCUCCGUGUACAUCCACGCCCCCCCCUCGGCCUCAGUGGGCCGCUACAGCUUCAAGGUGUUGGUGUCGGAUCGGCGCAAGCCCAGGUUUCUCUUUUCGGGCAAAUUCAUCCUGCUGUGCAACUCCUGGUGCAGUGCCGAUAGCGCCUACAUUCCCUUCGAGGACCAGAGGGAGGAAUACAUCCAGAACGACUCGUGUUUGCUCUUCAUGGGAACGGCCACGAAUGUCGUGUCCCGACCGUGGUCCAUGGACCAGUUUGAGCCAGAUGUCUUGGAAGCGUGUCUCAACCUGCUCAACGUCAGCCCUCAGCACCAACACAAUAAGAGGACGGACUACUUGUGCCGCAACAACCCGGUCUACAUCAGCCGGGUCGUUUCUGCCAUGAUCAACUGCGAGGACGACCGCGGCGUGCUGAAGGGCAACUGGUCGGGCGACUACAGCGGCGGCAUCCACCCGUCCAUGUGGACCGGCAGCGGGGACAUCCUGAGGAGCUGGGCUCAAUCCGGCUACCGUCCGGUCAAGUACGGCCAGUGCUGGGUGUUCGCCGCCGUCAUGUGCACAGUCAUGCGCGUCCUCGGCAUUCCUUGCCGCGUCGUCACCAACUUCAACUCGGCUCACGACACCAACGGCAACCUGGUCAUCGAGGAAUUUUACAACGAGAUGGGAAAGAAGCUGAAGAGCACCAAAGACUCAAUAUGGAAUUUCCACGUGUGGGUGGAGUGUUGGAUGACUCGCCGGGAUUUGGGCGGCGGCAUGGACGGCUGGCAGGUUCUGGAUCCCACCCCGCAGCACAGGAGCAGAGGCGUGUUCUGCUGCGGGCCGGCUCCCGUCAAGGCCAUCAAGGAGCGGCGCGUCGACCUCUUGUACGACGUCCCCUUCGUGUACGCCGAGGUGAACGCCGACGUCCACACGUUGGUUGUGAGCCAGGGCCGCGUGGUGAGCCGCAACGUGGACACGGAGCGAGUGGGGCCGCUCGUCUCCACCAAAGCUGUGGGAAGCCCCAGGAUGGACAACGUCACCGGCGACUAUAAAAAGAUCAAAAGCCCCUUUUCAACACUCUCAUCAAACAUGUCAUCCCGCUCCGAGAGGUCGACGCUACGGCAAGGCACAGCUAAGAUGGCUGCCGUCCUGACGCUGGAUGAAACUCCCGUGGCCGGCGCCGUCAUCCGCUUCACCUUGAAAGUCAUCAACAGGCAGCCCGUGGCCAAGAUGCUGAAGGUGCACCUCAACGCGCAGUGCAAAGAGUACAACGACAGCCCCGCCGACACCUUCUGGGAAGACCACAGCGUCGUGCAGCUGGGACCCUCGGAAGCGAAAGUUCUGAAGCAGCAGAUCCUUCCGGGCCAGUACGAAGACGUGGUGGGGGACGACCUGGUGAACCUGGCGGCGGUUCUGGAGGACAUGGCCACUCACGAGCGCCUGCUGGCCUUCGAGGAGUUCAACGUGGCCGCGCCGGAGCUCCUCAUAAAGAUUGAGGAGGAGGAUAACGUGACGGUGAACCGGGAGCAGAGCGCCAGCGUGACCUUCACCAACCCCUUCUCGCAUCCCGUAAGCGGCGUGCUGAGCGUGUCCGGCGCCGGCCUCCUCCAAGGCCACGCCAACUUCAGGAUGUUCCCACUGCGUCCGGGAGGAAGCGGAGACCAACGCAUCACGUUCGUCCCCACCAUGAAGGGAACGAAAAUGCUUCAGGCCUCGCUGAGCCUCUCUAACAAGUCGACCGUCAGAGGGUUCAAGAUGGUCUCUGUCCGCCCUCUUUAAAAGGUUUUUUUUUUUUUUAAUUAUUAUUAUUAUUACUUUACCAUCAAAUGUGAAUGCAGUCAUUGUACACUUUUCAUUUAAAACUGCCCAGCUGUGACGUAAUUUAUUUUGUACUCAAUUAUCUCUUGUGUCAACGAAUUUUUAAUCGCUCUGGGAAAUAAAUUUACAAAUGAAUUUAAUCUUAAAAGACUGCAAAGCCCAGCUAAUAAUUAAAUAACUGUGAUCAAAAAAUAUUCUAACCUAAUUGCCGCGACAAUGUAUGAUUUUUUUUUAACAUAGCAUAUUUAAUAUUCUUUGGAAAAUUAAUAUUUGUUAUUCAGUGCGUGGAAUGCUAAAUUACUCAGCUAUGGAAAGUUAUCAAAAUUCCAUCAUUUUUUCUAAUUAAUGAAACUUGAAAGAAUUUAUUUGAUGUUUUUGUUUGCGUUUUAUCCACGUGUGUCUGCUUGUAAAGGUAUAUCAGUUAUUUUCAAUUUAUUUAAUAAUUUAUAUUUGUAACUGUCCAUAGAAAUAAAAAUGGUA